GUAUAGUCCUGGUAGCUAUAAAUCCCUAUGAACAAUUGCCUAUUUAUGGAGAAGAUAUUAUUAAUGCAUACAGUGGUCAAAACAUGGGUGACAUGGAUCCACAUAUCUUUGCAGUAGCUGAAGAAGCUUACAAGCAAAUGGCCAGAGAUGAACGAAAUCAGUCCAUCAUUGUAAGUGGAGAGUCUGGGGCAGGAAAAACGGUCUCAGCUAAGUAUGCCAUGCGAUAUUUUGCAACUGUAAGUGGUUCUGCCAGUGAAGCCAAUGUUGAAGAAAAAGUCCUGGCCUCCAACCCCAUUAUGGAGUCAAUUGGGAAUGCCAAGACAACGAGAAAUGAUAAUAGCAGCCGUUUUGGGAAGUACAUUGAGAUUGGUUUUGAUAAGCGAUAUAGAAUCAUUGGUGCCAAUAUGAGAACUUAUCUUUUAGAGAAAUCCAGAGUAGUGUUUCAGGCAGAAGAGGAGAGAAACUAUCAUAUCUUCUAUCAGCUUUGUGCCUCAGCAAAGUUACCUGAAUUUAAAAUGCUGAGAUUAGGAAAUGCAAGUAACUUUCAUUAUACAAAGCAGGGUGGCAGUCCUGUGAUUGAAGGAGUUGAUGAUUCCAAGGAGAUGACGCAUACUAGACAAGCCUGCACUUUGUUAGGAAUUAGUGAACUAUAUCAGAUGGGAAUUUUCCAAAUACUUGCUGGUAUCCUUCAUUUGGGCAAUGUUGGAUUUACGGCUCGAGAUUCAGACAGUUGCACAAUACCUCCUAAGCAUGAACCUCUCAGCAUCUUCUGUGACCUCAUGGGUGUGGACUAUAAGGAGAUGAGUCAUUGGCUCUGCAAUCGGAAGCUGGCUACUGCCACAGAGACUUACAUCAAACCCAUUUCUAAGCUACAGGCUACAAAUGCCCGUGAUGCUUUGGCCAAGCACAUCUAUGCCAAGCUCUUUAAUUGGAUUGUUGAGCAUGUCAAUCAAGCCCUCCAUUCUGCUGUCAAACAACAUUCUUUUAUUGGUGUGCUAGACAUUUAUGGAUUUGAAACAUUUGAGAUAAAUAGUUUUGAACAGUUUUGCAUAAAUUAUGCAAAUGAAAAGCUACAGCAACAAUUUAAUAUGCAUGUCUUCAAAUUAGAGCAAGAGGAAUAUAUGAAGGAACAAAUUCCAUGGACACUCAUCGAUUUUUAUGAUAAUCAACCUUGUAUUAAUCUUAUAGAAUCUAAACUGGGAAUUCUAGAUUUACUGGAUGAGGAAUGCAAGAUGCCUAAAGGUACAGAUGACACUUGGGCCCAGAAAUUGUACAACACUCAUUUGAACAAAUGUGCUCUCUUUGAAAAGCCCCGACUUUCAAACAAAGCAUUUAUCAUCCAGCAUUUUGCUGACAAAGUGGAAUACCAGUGUGAAGGCUUUCUGGAAAAGAAUAAAGACACUGUGUUUGAAGAACAAAUUAAAGUUCUUAAGGCAAGCAAGUUUAAGAUGCUACCAGAAUUAUUUCAAGACGAUGAGAAGGCCAUCAGUCCAACCUCAGCCACCACUUCAGGUGGGCGCGUGCCCCUCACCCGCCUUUCUGCAAAGCCUACCAAAGGACGACCAGGUCAAACUGCCAAAGAGCACAGGAAGACAGUGGGUCAUCAGUUUCGAAACUCAUUGCACCUACUUAUGGAGACUCUGAAUGCCACCACCCCUCACUAUGUGCGCUGUAUCAAGCCCAAUGACUUUAAGUUUCCCUUCACGUUUGAUGAGAAGAGGGCAGUACAGCAGCUGAGAGCAUGUGGUGUCUUAGAAACUAUCCGGAUCAGUGCAGCUGGUUUCCCCUCAAGGUGGACUUAUCAGGAAUUUUUUAGUCGCUACCGAGUCCUGAUGAAGCAAAAAGAUGUCCUGAGUGACAGAAAACAAACAUGCAAGAAUGUAUUAGAGAAAUUGAUAUCGGACAAGGACAAAUACCAAUUUGGUAAGACAAAGAUCUUUUUCCGUGCUGGUCAAGUGGCCUAUCUAGAAAAAUUGAGGGCAGAUAAAUUGAGGGCCGCCUGCAUUAAGAUUCAGAAGACAAUCCGAGGGUGGCUGCUACGGAAGAAGUAUCUACGCAUGCGGAAGGCAGCCAUUGCUGUGCAGAGAUACGUGCGGGGCUACCAGGCUCGAUGUUACACUAAGUUCCUGCGCAGAACCAAAGCAGCAACCAUCAUUCAGAAGUACUGGCGCAUGUAUACAGUCCGAAGGAAAUACAAGAAGAAACGAGCUGCUACUAUUAUUCUUCAGUCUUAUUUGCGAGGCUACUUGACCAGAAAUAGGUAUCGAAAGAUACUUCGGGAGCACAAAGCAGUCAUCAUUCAGAAGAGAGUUCGAGGCUGGCUGGCCCGAAUACACUAUAAGAAGAGCAUGCACGCCAUCAUUUACCUUCAGUGUUGUUUCCGCCGAAUGAUGGCGAAGCGUGAGCUAAAGAAGCUCAAGAUUGAGGCCCGCUCUGUGGAACGAUAUAAGAAGCUCAACAUAGGCAUGGAGAACAAGAUUAUGCAACUUCAGCGCAAAGUAGAUGAACAGAAUAAAGACUACAAAUGCCUCAUGGAGAAACUGACCAAUCUGGAAGGAGUAUACAACUCAGAGACUGAGAAAUUACGGAAUGACGUAGAGCGUCUCCAGCUAAGUGAGGAGGAAGCUAAGGUUGCUACUGGACGUGUCCUUAGUCUACAGGAAGAAAUUGCCAAGCUCCGGAAAGACCUGGAACAAACGCGGUCAGAGAAAAAAUCCAUUGAGGAACAUGCAGACCGAUACAAACAAGAAACUGAGAAGCUGGUAUCAAAUCUGAAGAAGCAAAAUACUUUACUGAAGCAGGAAAAAGAGACCCUCAAUAAACUUAUUGUGGACACAAGCUAAGAGAUGACAGAGACUAUGGAGAAAAAGUUAGUAGAAGAAACAAAACAAUUGGAACUCGAUCUUAAUGAUGAAAGGCUGAGAUAUCAGAACCUUCUGAAUGAGUUCAGUCGCUUAGAAGAACGAUAUGAUGACCUCAAAGAAGAGAUGACUUUGAUGGUAAAUGUACCUAAACCUGGACACAAGAGAACAGAUUCUACUCACAGCAGUAAUGAAUCAGAAUAUACCUUUAGCUCUGAAAUUGCCGAAACUGAAGAUGUUCCAUGUGAAACUGAGGACCCAAGUGAGAAGAAGGUGCCUCUCGACAAUGUCAUUGUUUCAAAGCUCCAGAAGCGGGUCACAGAGCUGGAACAAGAGAAGCAAAUGAUGCAGGAUGAGUUAGACCAAAGGAAAGAGCUGGCUCGAAGUAAAGCACAGGAAGAAGAAAGACCACAAAAGGGUACAGAACUGGAAUAUGAAUCCCUGAAGCGUCAAGAACUAGAAUCAGAAAACAAAAAACUGAAAAAUGAGCUAAAUGAAUUACGUAAAGCCCUUACUGAAAAAAGUGCUCCAGAGGUGACUGCUCCAGGUGCACCAGCCUAUCGUGUCCUCAUGGAGCAGUUUCCCAAUGUGAGUGAAGAGCUUGAUGUUCGUAAGGAGGAAGUUCUCAUCCUGAGGUCUCAGCUGGUGAGCCAAAAGGAAGCAAUCCAGCCCAAGAAUACAAUGACAGAUUCCACACUACUUCUGGAAGAUGUACAAAAAAUGAAAGAUAAAGGUGAAAUAGCACAAGCAUACAUUGGUUUGAAAGAAACAAACAGGCUCCUAGAAUCCCAGCUCCAGUCACAGAAAAGAAGCCAUGAAAAUGAGGCUGAAGUACUCCGUGGGGAGAUACAGAGCUUGAAGGAGGAGAAUAACCGGCAGCAGCAGUUGCUGGCCCAGAAUUUACAGCUGCCCCCAGAGGCUCGCAUUGAGGCCAGUCUGCAGCAUGAAAUCACCAGGUUAACCAAUGAAAACUUGGAUUUGAUGGAGCAACUUGAAAAACAAGAUAAGACUGUCCGGAAACUGAAGAAGCAACUGAAAGUGUUUGCCAAAAAGAUUGGUGAACUAGAAGUGGGCCAGGUGGAAAACAUAUCUCCAGGUCAGAUCAUUGAUGAACCCAUCCGUCCAGUCAAUAUUCCCAGGAAAGAAAAGGAUUUCCAAGGAAUGCUAGAAUAUAAGAAGGAGGAUGAACAAAAACUUGUUAAAAAUCUGAUUCUGGAACUGAAGCCACGUGGCGUUGCUGUCAAUCUGAUUCCAGGGUUACCAGCAUAUAUUUUGUUUAUGUGUGUCAGACAUGCUGACUACCUGAAUGAUGAUCAGAAAGUCAGGUCAUUACUAACAUCAACCAUCAACAGCAUCAAAAAAGUAUUAAAGAAAAGAGGUGAUGAUUUUGAAACUGUAUCCUUCUGGCUUUCUAACACAUGCCGAUUUUUGCACUGUUUGAAGCAGUACAGUGGAGAAGAGGGCUUUAUGAAACACAACACUUCUCGCCAAAAUGAACAUUGCCUCACCAAUUUUGAUCUGGCUGAGUAUCGACAAGUGUUGAGUGACUUGGCCAUUCAGAUAUACCAGCAGCUUGUGCGGGUAUUGGAGAACAUCCUUCAGCCAAUGAUUGUUUCUGGCAUGCUGGAGCAUGAAACCAUUCAAGGCGUGUCUGGGGUGAAGCCCACAGGUCUAAGAAAGCGAACUUCUAGCAUUGCGGAUGAGGGCACCUACACACUGGAUUCCAUCCUUCGGCAACUCAACUCCUUCCAUUCAGUCAUGUGUCAGCAUGGCAUGGACCCUGAACUCAUCAAACAGGUGGUCAAGCAGAUGUUCUACAUAGUGGGGGCCAUUACCUUGAACAACCUGCUCCUGCGGAAAGACAUGUGCUCCUGGAGUAAAGGCAUGCAGAUCAGGUACAAUGUCAGUCAGUUGGAAGAAUGGCUGCGUGAUAAGAAUCUUAUGAACAGUGGGGCUAAAGAAACUCUGGAACCUCUCAUUCAGGCUGCUCAGCUUUUGCAAGUGAAAAAGAAAACAGAUGAUGAUGCAGAAGCCAUUUGUUCUAUGUGCAAUGCUCUAACUACUGCCCAGAUUGUCAAAGUGUUGAAUUUGUAUACCCCAGUUAAUGAAUUUGAAGAAAGAGUCUCUGUAGCAUUUAUUCGUACUAUACAGAUGCGUAUGCGAGACAGAAAAGACUCUCCUCAGCUGCUCAUGGAUGCUAAACACAUAUUUCCCAUUACCUUUCCCUUUAACCCAUCCUCUCUGGCACUAGAGACCAUCCAGAUUCCAGCCAGCCUAGGCUUGGGAUUCAUAGCACGGGUCUAAAUGUAAUUUGAAGAUAAACAUUGACAAUGAGUUUCCUGCUUGGUAGAGAAUACAG